GGUCAAUGUCUUAAAAACUCUGAAUCACAGAGAGGUGAACACGACUGAAGAAACAGAAGAAGAAGAAGAAUGGACGGACUGAAGAGACACUGAAGGUUCUACUGAAGGUUCUACUGAAGGUUCUACUGAAGGUUCUUCAGACAGUGAAGGUUCUACUGAAGGUUCUUCAGACACUGAAGGUUCUACUGAAGGUUCUACUGAAGGUUCUUCAGACGGUGCAGGGAUGUUCUCCUGGUCUGUUUUCAGACUGGAUGGGUUCUGCGUCUGACUCCACCUUCCCUCUCUGCACCUUUAACAUGUUCCAGACGUUCCAGACGUUCCACACGUUCCAGACGUUCCACAGUCUGGCUUUGGUCCGUCCUACUUAUGCCCAUUGUGUGCUGUUCUACUGAAGGACCUGGGACGUGUGUUUACGGGUUCUAGGUCCUUGAACGCAGCAUAGACAGGUCCUUGAAUGCAGCACAGACAAGUCCGUGAAUGCAGCACAGAGAGGUUCUUGAAUGCAGCACAUAUUGGAGGACCUUGGACGUGUGUUUCUAGGUUAAAGGUCCUUGAACGCAGCACAGACAGGUCCUUGAAAGCAGCACAGACAGGUCCUUGAACGCAGCACAGAUAGGUCCUUGAAUGCAGCACAGACAGGUCCUUGAACGCAGUGCAGCCAGGUCCUUGAAUGCAGCGCAGUAAGGUCCUUGAACGCAGCGCAGCAAGGUCCUUGAACGCAGCACAGAUAGGUCCUUGAACGCAGCACAGUCAGGUGUGUCUUUGUCAGAGGGGGCGGGCUCUUGGUUACUCUGCUUGGAGGCGUGUUUUGUUGCUAGGAGACAAACACAUUCCAGACAGGUGACGGAACAUUCAAACCUGAGAACACAUCUGUGUUUACCUGAGUAGAACCAGGACCAGGACCAGGACCAGGACCUGGACCUGGACCUGGACCCACAGUACCUGGAUCGGUUCCGUCUUCCUGCUCCUGCUGAUGAACCUCAGGUCCAGUAGAACCCAGAACCUGCCGCUGCCCCCAGACUGUCCCAGGUGUGACCCAGGUUCGUAUGUGAUUGAAAACUGCACCGCCUCAGGACAGGGAGUCCGCUGUGAGACCUGCACCAACUGUACAGAUCUUGGUCAGGUGACUCUGGGUCAGUGUUCGCCGUUCACCGACGCCGUUUGUGGAAGGAUGACCAUGACUGUCUCCAUGACAACGCAGCUGUUUGCACCACCUCCAGGUUUGGAGGCGGGGUCCACCAUCCUGUUUGUGACACUGCUGUCUCUGGUCCUGGUUCUGAUCCUCAGUCUGGUUCUGGUUCUGGUUCUGGGUUCUGGUCCAACACUCAAGGCUCCGCUCAAACUCCAGCAGCACAAAGGUCUGGAGGCGGGUCUGGAGGCGGGGCUUAGAACCUGAGAAUGAGGAGGACUUAAGAAUGACCCCUAAGUCCACUACAGACCUGGUCCAGCACAGAGUCCACUACAGACCUGGUCCAGCACAGAGUCCACUACAGACCUGGUCCACCAUAGAGGAGCACCACCAACUGGUACCAGGGACAGAGUCCAGGUCCAGUCCAGGUUCAGUCCAAGUGCAAGUCCAGGUCCAGUCCAGGUCCAGUCCAAGUCCAGUCCAGUCCAGUCCAGGUCCAGUCCAG